CGUAAUGUGGUUUCAGUUCUUCAGUUGGUAAAGGGUCUGUUUGCAAACAAGGACAGCCGUUGUUCAUCACUCAUAAAUAGUAUUUACUUACCAGUGAUUUUGUGUUGCUUGGAUCAAAAAAGUAUCAGAAAACAUGGAAAACGCUACAGCAAUUUGUUUCCAAUGUAUUUCCUUGGCGAUCUGGAUUGGAUUAGGCAUUGCUAUGAUUGUUAUGGGAACUGCCCACAAAGAUAACUGUGCUAUCCAGCCUUAUAUACCCAUAUUUCUCUCGGUGACUGGAGCCAUACAUCUUAUUUCUUUCUUUACAGUCCUUAUGAGACUGGUGUGUGAGACCUUCAGCUCUAUUGUAGAAAGUAUUAUAGGAACAUUUAGCUUUGGGUGGUUUAUUACAGGUAGUGUUUGGGUGUUCAGCGUGUACAAUACAUAUGAAGGACACUGUGACAAAAACCUUUAUUUAUUUGCUUUUGUGAUCCUAAUAUUGGAAUAUGCUGUUAUGGCACUUCUCCUAUGUUGCUGCUGUUGGUUUUGCUCACUUAAAACAAUUUUUUAUGAAAGAUUUCAGUAAACAUAGAUAUUUGGCAGAAGAUACACAGCUGCACACAUCUACAGUAACUACUGCAAUGUGCAAAUCCUUAAACAAAUGACUAGGCAAAUGUGUCCUUAAAGCUUUCCACACCAUUUGUUUUGCCUGUAUUCUUUUUGCAUUGUAUUUUAACUUUGUUACAAUACAUUUUACAUUCCAAAUAAAACUGUUAUUUGUGA